AUGGCUAAAGAAAGCGACGCGCCGCCGUCGUAUCCAAUGACGCCUCGUCGGCCAAACGAGCACACCCAGCGUCCUCUUUCACAACAACUUGAGUUUGGGAAACCUUCUCCUCUCGGCCCAUAUCAACGUCCAAACCCGCCCCACCAGCAACAGCCGAACCAUCCUUUCAAUAUCCCAAAACCGAACCGGGCUCGACCUGAACAUCACAGACCUGCACCGCAGUCAAGGUCAUACAAUGCUCCUCACCCUGGUAUAAGCCAUCAGGGUCACAGACCAACUGGUGGCUCGAGUAGCCUUGUAGCAUCCACACCGAAGCGCAGCGAGCCGUUCGAUCCUUUCAAGCCUGUUCGACCUUCGGCGUAUAACAACUACCGAAACUCCCGUCCGGUCAACAACGAUGUUGUGGAGAUUCGCCGUCCGGAGAAUGUCACCUUCACCACGCCGCGAGCUCCGAAGACUUUCUAUGCAUCUUCAGCCAUAAAAAUGGACAAAGCAUCCAAAAAUCUCAGCAACUUCGUUGAUCUUACCCGCGAAGGAGGGUUCACACCCAGCACUAGGCCUCGCAAUGCCGGGUUCGGGUCAAUGGACGCCAACGGCUAUGUUGAUCCUGUCAAAGCCAACGAAAACAUAAAAGCUCUGCUUGAAGGGGCUUUUACAAGUGACGAUGACAAACAAGGAUCAAGGGCAAAGAACCGGAAGAAGAGUAAGAACCGGAGGAAGAAGAAGAAGGAGGCCAAGGAAAAAAAGAAGCAGGGCACUUCUGAAAUUGACGACCUAGCCUCUCAGCUUGAAGAAGUCACAGUCAACGAGUCAAGCGCUGCUACUGAGAAAAGUGAACUGGACGAGCUGAAGGCAGAAGGCAAUGUUGGGGAAACCAAGGAUGACAAGAAGUCAUCUGAAGAUGAAGUCGAAGACGAUGAGAAUGACUAUGAAGAAGAUGAUGAGGAAGUAGAAGAGGGGGAAGACGAGGAAGAAGAUGAUGGGACAGUCGAAGGCUUGAAAGUCAAGCUACUCCCUCACCAAAGGGAAGGAGUGAAUUGGAUGUGUGACAAAGAGAGAGGCUCAGGUAACGCCAAAGGAGUGCUUCCUAAGGGUGGCAUUCUCGCAGACGAUAUGGGUCUGGGAAAGACUGUUCAAACCAUCGCCCUGUUACUUACCAAUCAGAAAUCUUCGGACAAGUUCAUUGCUGGCGCCGCCAAAACGGAUGACAACAACAGUGACGACCAAGACAAUGAGAAGGUGCGCAAGGUACCUUCUGGGCUAAGCAAGUCGACUCUUGUUGUUGCCCCACUGGCAUUGAUCAAACAGUGGGAGUCAGAAAUAGCAACCAAGAUCGAGGACUCUCAUAAGCUACGUGUUUGUGUCUACCACGGAAAUACUCGUGCGAAAGCAACGGACAGCCUGGACACCUACGAUGUGGUGAUUACGACAUAUGGUACCUUAACCUCCGAAUAUGGAGCUGUCGAUAAGAACAAGAAGAAAGCGGGACUUUUCUCUGUUUAUUGGUACCGGAUAGUCCUAGACGAAGCGCAUACCAUCAAGAAUCGAAAUGCCAAGGCAACGCAGUCUGCCUGUGCGCUUGAUGCAGAAUAUAGAUGGUGUCUUUCGGGAACGCCAAUGCAGAACAACUUGGACGAGCUCCAGAGUUUGAUCAAGUUUCUGCGGAUCAAACCCUACAACGACCUUGCGGCUUGGAAGGAUCAGAUCACAAGACCGUUGGCUAACGGCCAUGGGGCCCUUGCGAUUGAGCGUCUACAGGUCUAUUUGAAAGCAUUCAUGAAGCGGCGCACUAAGGAUGUUUUGAAGCUGAAUCCCAACCUGAAGCCCAGCGGGUCAGGUGCCGAUGAGGAGCAGAAGAAGUCCACCGGCUUCCAGAUCACCAAACGGGAAGUCAUUAAGGUAGCUGCAGAGUUCAUGCCCGGCGAGAUGAACUUUUAUAAACGUCUCGAACAGCGAACAGAAAACAGCCUUGAGAAGAUGAUGGGUGGCUCCAAAGUCGACUACGCUGGUGCUUUGGUCUUACUGUUACGUCUACGGCAAGCAUGCAACCACCCAGAUCUGGUCAAGAGCGACCUUGCCAAAGACAAAGACAUCCUCUUGCAGAAUGGGACUUCUAGUAGCCAAUCUAGCUCUGGAAAGCAGGACGAUCUCGACAGUAUGGCUGAUCUCUUUGGAGCUCUGAGCGUCGUUUCGAAGAAGUGUGAUGUCUGCCAGACUGAGCUGAGCAAAGAAGAAGUAAAGAACAGUUCCAGCAGGUGUGGAGAGUGCGAGGCCGAUCUAAAGGCUACGCUUGGUGGUUUCGAUUCAGGAAAGAAAAAGAGCUCUCACAAACCGAGAGUAGAGAUGAAUCUCACCGACUCACCAUCGAAUAAAUUCUCCGAAAUGCAGAAGGCUCGAGCUCGGAGAAACAGGAAGAUUGUUAUUGACAGCGACGACGAGGACGAGGACGAUGGGGAGUGGAUAGUCCCGGAGGGCCAACGCGGUUUGCCUAAUCUUGGAAAAGCUGGUGGAACUGAUGACGAAAAUGCUGAAGGAGGAGGCGAAUGGCUGAGUUCCGAGGACUCUGAGACCGAUGAGGAUGGCCCUGAAUCUCCAACACGGAAGCCUGCCAUUGUUUCCAAUUUGAGAAGAAGCCAGGGUUCGGAGUCGGACACCGAUGAGGAUAUCUAUCUGAAUCCUGGUGACAAUGAGACUCAAGUCCUGCCAUCUACCAAGAUCCGACAUUUGAUGAAGAUCCUCAGACGUGAAGCUGCCGACUACAAGUUCAUUGUUUUUUCGGUCUUCACUUCGAUGCUUGACAAGAUCGAACCGUUCUUGAAGCGUGCUGGCAUUGGCUUUGCAAGAUACGAUGGGAGUAUGCGAAACGACCUUCGAGAAGCUAGUCUAGAUAAAUUGAGGCACAACAGUGCGACUCGGGUGCUACUCUGCAGUCUGCGCGCCGGCGCCCUGGGACUCAACCUUACGGCUGCAAGUCGGGUCGUGAUUUUGGAACCAUUUUGGAAUCCUUUCGUUGAGGAACAAGCUAUUGAUCGAGUCCAUCGGCUUAACCAGACGGUCGACGUCAAGAUUUACAAGAUGAUUAUCAAGGAAACCGUUGAAGAGCGGAUCUUGGAAUUGCAAGACCGCAAGCGCGAGUUGGCCAAUCUCACAAUUGAAGGCAAGAGCGCAGCUGGCAAGCUUACUAUGAACGAUAUGAUGGCUCUCUUUGGUCGCGAUGCCGAAGCUCGCUUCUCUGGCGACCGGGGAAACAUUGACGUUAUCAAAUCCGGAGCAUCAUUGACAGAAGCCAGCGCCUCUAGUUCCAAGAAUAACGGAAACGAAGGAAGCACUCGGCCGUGGGGCCGGCCCAGUUCGCAAGGCCGGAAUCGCCAGGCGGAGAAGCGGGCUCCUAGGGCUGAGGAUUCUGUAUAUGGACGACGCUGGUGA